AUGGCCCUCCCCUUUGACGACCUAUUAGAGGGCCUGACGAACGAGGCCAAGGAGGCCGAGACCCGCGCCAAGCCGCAGGAGGAGGUCGAGGCACUGCUGGUGGACGAGAGCCUCGAUGAUCUCGAGAAGGCCAAGAUGUUUCUGGAGAGGGGCGUCUCUGUGCAGCAACAGUUCGCGCUGGGAAGGCUGCCCGUCCUGGCAAGGGAAUUCAACGCCAAGGCGCUCUCGGAGCUCCUGCCCAUAAUCUCCGAAAAGCUGACGUCUUACGAGAAGGAAGACCAGAUAGCCGUCGCACACGGCCUGCGCGACCUCAUCACGGAGGGCUACGUCAACGAGGUCGCAGUGCGCGACCACGUCCUCCCGAUCGUCCUGAAGAACUUCACCGACCCCGAAGAAGGCUUCGACGAGACCGUCGACGAGUGGGCCGAGGCCCUGCACGCCUGCGCGAAGGCCCUGCCGCAGGCCUCGAUCGAGGCGGUGUACAAGAAGGCCUGCAAGAUGGGGGACGACAUCGCGACGGUCGAGGACCGCGAGAACUCGUGCUUCCUCACGGGCGCGGUGUGCGGGCGCCUGGGCCGCGCGGAGGUCGAGGGCUCGCUCCUGGGCCCCGCGCUGCGCAUGUGCCAGGACUCGGACAAGGUCGUGCGGCGCUCCAUGUGCAAGCAGCUGUCGUACCUGUCGCGGGCGCUCGGGCCGGCGCUGACGGAGGAGCGCGUGAUCGCGGAGGUGCUCGAGCUGCUGUACGACGAGGAGGAGCUCGUGAAGGAGCAGGCCUUCCACGCCCUGGUGGACAUUCUGGACCUGGUGUCGCCGGCGUGCAAGAGGGAGCGCAUCCUGCCGCGGCUGUGCACGUUCUGGCAGGACCUGAUGAUGCAGCCGACGCUGCCGAUCGGGGAGCUCUUCAGCAAGCUCAACGGCGCGAUCGUGCUCAAGCUCGCGCCGGGGAUGGAGGAGGAGGAGCGCCGGAUGCUGGUGUCGUGCAUGCGGUCCAUGGCCAGCCCGCGGAGCCCGCUCGAGGUGCGGCAGAACACGGCGUACAACCUCUUCGGGGUCAUGCAGGCCCUGGGGAGGGACUUCGCGGAGUCCGGCGGCCUCCUGGGCGUCCUGUCGACGCUGGCGCAGGACCCCGAGGUGGGGGUGCGCAAGACGGUGGCCGCGCUCUUCCACGAGGUGUGCGCGUUCCUGGGCCACCCCGCCGCGCACCGCCUGGGCCUGCUGGACACGUUCAAGGACCUGAUGAGCGACGACGACCAGCGCGUGCCGGAGAUCGUGCUGAAGAACCUGAUGACCACCCUGCCGGCGCUGGAGCCGGAGAGCGCGAGCAUGAAGGGCGACGUGUACCGGCGGGUGCUGGACGCGAUGGUCGCCGCGCGGGAGGGGUCCGGGAACAACUGGCGGCUCCAGAAGGGCCUCGCGGAGGCGUUCCCGUCGACGAUCAAGUUUUUGCCGCCCGAGGUGGUGCACGAGCGCGUGGUGCCGCAGCUGUCGGCGCUGCUGAGCCCGACGGUGGCGGCGGCGGUGCACGGGUCCGCGGGGCGCGCGCUCGUCGAGGUGCUGCGCAUGCCGAAGCUCAAGAGCGCGUGGCGCACGGAGGUCUACAUGAAGAUGGUCAAGGACUUUGGGCGCGGGCGGGCGUGCUGGCAGCGGCAGGUGUUCGUGGAGAUGUGCCGCGCGCUGCUCGCGUCGAUGAGCACCAAGUUCUUCCGGGACUACUUCUUCGACUGGUGCGUGGACAUCAUGAACGACUCGGUGGCCAACGUGAGGUUGUCGGUGGCCAGCCUGCUCCCGGACCUGAAGCAGACGAUCCGGCUGCCCGAGGACGUCGAGUACCUCGACCGCCUCAACACCGCGAUCUCGUCCCUGAUGACGGACAACGACCGCGACGUGUCGAUGUUUGCGCGGGCCAUGAACGAAAAGUUCAAGGCCCGCCCCUUCCGCAUGGCGCGCGCCGCCAGCUCGUCCGCGGCGAGCUCGUUCGAGGCCGAGGACCGCAAGCGGGAGGUCGCGGAGCAGGAGAUCGUGCUCUUGAAGGACGAGGUGGACAAGGCCCGCUACGCGCUGAUGUGCGACCGCACGCGGAACAGUCGAACGCGCAUGGCCGGGGACUCGAGCGUUGGCGGGGUCGGGGUCGAUACCGUCGCCCAAGGCCGGGGCGGGGCGCACGGGGGCGGCGAAGACGGCGGGGCGGACAGCGGGUCGGACAGCUGCGCGAGGCCGCAAGUGACGGACAAGUUGUCGAGUGUGAUCAUUCAGUGA